UUGUAGUAGAAAAGAGUAAAUAAUGGGCAGGCGAAAGAUAGAGAUAGAGAUGGUGAAAGAUAGCAACUCUCGGCAAGUGACUUUCUCAAAGCGCCGAACAGGGGUUUUCAAGAAAGCCAACGAGCUUGCUACCUUGUGUGGUGUGCAAAUUGCCAUCAUCGUCUUCUCUCCAGGGGGGAAACCAUUUUCAUUUGGCCACCCCAAUGUCGAGUUUGUGGCUCAGAGGUUUCUAAAUCGGGAUAAGAAACCCAAGGUUUCGGCUGGUAGCCUUGUUGAUUCUCAACAAGAGGCUAGAUUGGAGAAGCUUAAUAGUCAACUCAAUGAUAUUCUCAGGAAACUUCAGUAUGAAAGAAAGAGGGGGGAAUUGCUAGAGAAGGCAAUGAAAUUAAAGGGUUCGGAACCCAAACUUAUUGGUGAGCUAAAUCUUGAUGAACUUCGGAAGAUGAAGGGAGAACUGGAGGAGCUUCAAGAAAAGUUGCGAGGGCGUGUUACAGAAAUGGAGGCGUCCUCUUCACUGCUACUUCUGUCUAAGAAACCUACUAGAGAGAAACAUCAGUAGGUUUCUGAAAUUUUAAAAAGUAUUGACACCAUCUCCUCUUAUAGCUUCAAAGAAAUGUAAUUUGAGAAUAUGGUUAUGUUCCUAAAUCCUAAAUAGAGUUAUGCUAAUAUGUGAUUGGUUUUCUUUUCUUUUAAUUGUUUUUCAAUAUUACUUUAUUUAGUAUUGUAAAAGGAAAUAUA